UGAUGCCAAUACCUCACAAACAAAAUAUUGCAAAGAAAGGGAGAUCUUAUUCAGAGAGGAAAAGUUUGCAUAUUAAGACAGAAAGCAAGGAUGUCAACUGAGUGUCAAGGUAAGGAUACAUGGCCUGAACUUCUGGGAUCUCAGGGGACAGUUGCAGAGGCAACAAUUGAGAGGGAGAAUUCUUUGGUUGAUGCUCAGAUCGUGCUAGAAGGGUCGAUUGUCACUGCUGAUUUCCGGUGCGAUAGGGUUCGCGUUUGGGUUAAUACUGAUGGCAUUGUUACAAGGGUCCCUAGUAUUGGUUAGUUUAGACUCAGGACUUCAAUUCAGGGUGGCCAGUGCUGUUUUAGCAGGACUUGAAGAAAUUUACGUGAAAUAAUGAAAUAAGGAGUUCCAUUCUCCAUGCAUUUGUAUAAUUGUAUUCGAAUUUCGAACAUAGUUUGUUUUUCUUUCUAUGUAUUCUAUAUGAAGCUAAUAAGAACGGUUUGAUAACGUUGACAGUAA